CUUCAAAGCGCCUCGAUUAUGCUUACACUGUGAUUCAAAUUACUCUCUGUAAAGACCUCAUUGCAGCUGAAACGGCUGUUCUCCCACCGUCAUGACCCUCUCAUCCCUUCUCCGCAUUACUCCCCGCUUAACCCCGACCGCGGCCCGCAGAACCUCGCGAGCUGUAUCGUCGGCCACUAACACAUCAAAUACAACCAAGCCGUUGGAUUCAAUCCUUAUAGCCAAUCGAGGAGAAAUCGCUUUACGAGUUGGACGCACUGCUGCCGAGCGUGGAAUUCGCGUAACAACACUCUACACCGACCCGGAUAGCCGAUCUCAACAUGCCUUGAGCUCCCCCUUCGCCUUUAAUUUGGGGUCUGUAUCGGCGUACCUCGAUGGGGAUAGAAUUAUUGAGAUUGCGAAGAAAGAAGGGUGCCAAGCAAUACACCCUGGUUACGGCUUUUUGAGCGAGAACUCAGCAUUUGCGCAGAAAUGUACCGAGGCUGGGCUGGUCUUCAUUGGCCCGCCGUAUAAGGCUAUUGAGGAUAUGGGUGAUAAGAGUCGUUCCAAAGAGAUUAUGACAGCUGCUGGUGUGCCUUGCGUCCCAGGCUACCAUGGACAAAAUCAAGACCCUGCCUUCCUCGAGGAGCAGGCGGACCAGAUCACAUACCCGGUGCUUAUCAAAGCCGUCAAAGGAGGCGGUGGAAAGGGCAUGCGUAUUGCCAGUUCUAAGGCGGUGUUUCAAGCUCAACUUGAGUCAGCUAAGUCAGAGGCCAUGAGCUCAUUUGGAGAUGACAAUGUGCUGGUGGAGAAGUACAUCACCACACCUCGACACAUCGAAGUCCAGGUAUUUGCAGACAAGCAUGGCAACUCCGUCGCACUAGGAGAGCGAGACUGCAGUAUUCAACGGAGACACCAGAAGGUUCUAGAGGAAUCUCCGGCGCCUCAUCUCCCCGACGUAACUAGAAAGGACCUCUGGGCAAAGGCACGGGCGGCUGCAGAGGCCGUCGGCUACGAAGGUGCCGGUACAGUGGAGUUCAUCUUUGAUAAUGACUCAGGGGACUUCUACUUUAUGGAGAUGAACACACGUCUCCAGGUCGAACAUCCCGUGACUGAAAUGGUCACAGGACAGGAUCUUGUCCACUGGCAGAUCCUGGUGGCUGAGGGAGCCAAGCUGCCCCUUACACAAGAAGAAGUGGAGGAGCGUAUCGCCCAGAGUGGCCAUGGCAUCGAGGCCCGAAUCUACGCGGAAAACCCCGAGCAGGGAUUUAUCCCUGAUUCAGGGCGUCUACUCCAUGUGCGAACACCGGCUACUUCGGGUGACAUCCGCAUUGACGCAGGCUUUGUGGAAGGAGACGAAGUCUCAGCUCAUUAUGAUCCCAUGAUCGCCAAGCUUAUCGUGCGCGGUGCAGAUCGCGAGGAGGCUCUCCGCAAGCUGGCCGCUGCUUUGGAAGAGUAUGAAGUCGCAGGACCCGUGACCAACAUAGAGUUCCUAAAAGCCAUCUGCAAGAGCCCUGAUUUCAUCGCUGGUGAGGUUGAGACCGGCUACAUUGAGAAGCACCGUGAAGAGCUCUUCCCCCCGAAAAUUAUUGAGGAAGAGGUGUUGGCGCAGGUCGCCUUGGCCUGUCUACAUCGCGAUGCCGUCUCAGGAGCGCGAUCCUCAGCAGGGGUUGCGGGCUCAACGGUCGGGUUCACUCCUAGUUACCAAGAGCGACAGUUGUCAUUUACCCAGACCUCCGGCCCAGGGUCUACCGACGGCUCCACGUUCAAUGUGCGAGUGCAGCAGACAGCAGAUGACACAUUCAACGUGGAAGUCGGCGGACGAGCCUUCGAGCAGGUGGUGAGCCGCAUGGAUUCGGCGUCGCACAUUGUCACAUCGUUUUUCCCGCACACCCGGUUAGAUACAACAGUGGUUCGAGACGAGGACACUAUUAUCGCAUUCCAGCGAGGGACUCAAUACCGGCUCACGGUGCCCCGGGCUAAGUGGAUGGAGAAGGCAUUGGGACUGAAGGAUGUCACAAACAGCGUUCUGGCCCCGAUGCCGUGUAAAGUGCUACGGGUGGAGGUGCAGGCGGGAGAUGUGGUGGAGAAAGACCAGCCGUUGGUUGUUAUCGAGAGCAUGAAGAUGGAGACGGUGAUUCGCAGUCCACAACGGGGAACCAUUGCGCGGGUCGUGCAUAAAAAAGGAGAUCAAUGCAAAAGCGGAACACCGCUGGUGGAAUUCGCCGAGUCCGAAUAGAGUGGGACUUUGUUAUCAAGACGUACAGGUUCAGGUAUACCGAUGUCUGGCUAUGGGGAUACCUUCCAAGUUUGACACACAUGUGGAGUUCACACUAUCAAUAUCGAUCUCGCCUUAUGAUUACAGUGCGAAGUAAAAAUAGUAUCCUUAUGUCUUGGUUCUUAAAUAUGUUACAAUAAACACAAAGCUGAAAAUCGCGAUUUUGUUG